CAUUAUUAUUUCGUUCAGGACCAUGUAGAUAGAGUUCCUGACCCGAUGCCCACACGUCGCUCAUCGAUUACCUUUUGGGAUUCCUUGAUCAGAAACGAGCUUAGACUUGUGAAGUUUGUGUGCGUGUGACCCCCUAUCGAAUGUAAGUAGGACUGGAAGCGUGGGGGUUGAGAGGCUCACACAGGCGUAGACUGUCGAACUUAAGAGGGGUGUCUAGGGCAGCCAUGUAAGGUUUGGAGAAGGCGGGCGCCAAGCAAUAUUACAGCUCACCUACAACUUACAGGAUUGGAAACGAUUAAUGAUCACACACUAUGCCUUUAAUCGGAAUUUGGGCAAAAGAAUUGAGGCUACAAAUGUGGGGUUCCGAUUCUAUGCUGUAGAAUACGAACGCAAGCUAUUCUUUUGACAAAUUAUUCAUGAAUCUACAGCACUUGAUAGCGAUCUGAAAAUCGCCACUCUAGGCGGUAGGCGAAAGGCGUCCCUCAGCGUACCGUUGGAGGCUAUGGCGAAGUUUGAGGACGAAUUUGUUGUUGAGACUGGGAAGAACAGUCUUCUGGAGCCGUUGCUGAACGCGAAACUUCAGCAGGAGGAGCAACAGCAGAAUGUGACCACUUACAGUACCACAGGGCUUCUCAAUUUGGUGACAAUAUCAUGGCUGAACCCUUUACUUGCCCUUGGUUACCGACAGCACCUCAACAUUGAGGAUGUGCCAUUCCUUGCCCCUCAAGACCGAGGCAGGGAGGUGUACAAAGAAUUCAACAAAGUCUCGCAGACUCUAAAGGACAUGCACCCGGACACAUCGCCCUCAAUUUCAUAUGAUUUGCUCCGAACGUUCUGGGUCUCAGUAAUUUUGACGGGCAUUUUGAAAACAUUUAGUGUUUUUGCUGCGUAUGUAGGUCCGUAUCUGAUCAAUGACUUCGUGGAGUUUCUGAGUGGAAGGCAACGUUUUCCCUUGGAAGGCUACGUUUUAGUGUCGUGUUUCUUCAUCGCCAACCUCAUCAACAGCUUGGCAGAGCGCUACUACUGUUUAGGAAUAUUCCGCCUGGCCUUCCGCGUGCGAGCUUGCCUUACCGCCACUCUCUAUGAAAAGUGUUUGAGAUUAUCAAGCAUUGCAAGGCAAAACCGUACGACUGGUGAAAUCAUCAAUUUCAUGGCUGUUGAUGUGGAGCGCGUGGUCGAAUUCAUGUGGUGGCUGCACGACAUAUGGAUUCUUCCACUCCAAGUGGGUUUGGCGCUAGCGAUUUUGUACAAGUUUGUCGGUUUGGCUGCAACAUUGGCAGCUCUUAUCGCUACCAUAGCUACCAUGCUGUUGAACGUCCCUCUCACCAAAUUACAGAAAAAGUUUCAAGAGCAGCUUAUGAAAGUAAAGGAUGCACGGAUGAGGACUACCUCCGAGUGCUUGAGGAAUAUGCGAAUCUUGAAGCUUCAGGCAUGGGAAACCGAGUAUCUGUCCCGUAUUGAGCAGAUGAGAGCGUUAGAAUACAAGUGGCUAGCCAAAGACCUAUUUAUGGUCGCAGCUUCUACAUUCCUUCUUUGGACAUCGCCAACGAUUGUAGCUGUAACAACCUUUGGAACGUGUGCAUUUCUUGGAGUGCCUCUAACUCCAGGUAGAGUACUCUCGACAAUUGCAACCAUGAGAGUUCUUCGAGAGCCACUCCGAGAUUUAGCGGACCUUGCAGCCAUGCAGGCUCAGGCCAAAGUUUCAUUGCACCGUCUUCUGCUCUUUUCUCAAGAACCUGAAUUACCAAAAGAUGCCGUGGAGAAUGGUGUUCUUGGGUCAUCUGAAAACGUCAUUGAAGUUGAGGGUGGUGUUUUCAGUUGGGAUGCUGACCUUGGCGACGAACAGUCACCACCUACACUUCGUGAAGUGAAUGUAAGAGUGCGAAAAGGGGCACACGUUGCAGUUUGCGGACCCGUGGGGUCAGGAAAGAGUUCUUUGCUCGCUUGCAUGUUGGGCGAGAUACCUAAAUUGAAAGGCAGGGUGAGAGUAGAAGGGCAGACAGCCUAUGUUUCCCAGACAGCCUGGAUCCAGAGCGGAACGUUUAAAGAGAACAUCUGCUUCGGAAAACGUAUGGACGAGACACUUUAUGAAAGGGUGUUACAAGCGUGCGAUUUGGAGAAAGACAUAGCGCUGUUCCCGUUCGGAGAUGAGACUGGUAUUGGUGAGAGGGGGAUAAAUCUGAGUGGUGGGCAGAAGCAGCGGAUUCAACUGGCGCGGGCUUUGUACCAAGAGGCAGAUGUGUACUAUUUGGAUGAUCCUUUCAGUGCUGUCGAUGCCCACACCGGCUCUCAUCUUCUGAAAGAAGUCAUGAGGAGCAUGCUUGCAUCCAAAACUGUUAUCUAUGUCACUCACAAGAUGGAAUCCUUGUCUGAUGCAGAUCACAUUCUGGUUCUUCGCGAUGGGAUGAUCAUUCAAGCGGGGAUAUUCCAGGACCUUCUUCAGAUUGGAACUGAUUUUAGCACCUUGCUUAACGCCCACAACGAGGCAUUAGAAACCAUGCAAAUGAAUGCAAACAUCAUGAAAGAUGUUGGUUUGGACGAUUCCCCUGACAAGCCAAGUAAUGGUGAAAACCACGUUGGACGGAGCAAAUCUAAAAUCAGCACGGAUCUAAAAAAUAAUGUCGUUUGUGCGACCUCUGAGAAGGUAGUAACAUCUGAUGAAAAUGCACGUCCACGGCAGCUGGUCAAGGAAGAGGAAAGGGAGAGAGGCAAGGUCAGUUACAAGGUCUACUGGGCGUACAUAACUGCUGUUGCAGGGGGCGCCUUAAUUCCACUGUAUCUCCUUUCCCAGAUUGGUUUUCAGGGUUUCCAAAUCUUCAGCAGCUACUGGAUGGCAUGGGGUACCUCCCCUACGGAAGGUGGCUCAGCGAAAGUUUCUACGAAAACGUUAAUUGCGGUGUAUUCGUUGCUAGCGUUUUCCGGGACCACAUGUGUGUUCUUCCGAACAAUGACGGUGUCAAUUGUUGGGCUCAAGACUAGCCAGAAGUAUUUCUCCAAGAUGUUGCAGUCAAUAUUCCGGGCUCCAAUGUCGUUCUUUGACUCCACGCCCUCGGGCCGCAUACUAACUCGUAUGUCAGCAGAUCAGAGCACAAUGGAUCUAGAGAUUCAGUUUUCGAUGAGCCGAGUCGUAAAUACAUUUUUGCAGCUACUCGGAAUAUUUGCUCUUAUGUCAACGGUUUUAUGGCAAGUCUUGUUGUUGGCGGUCCCCCUCUUUGGGGGUUGCAUCCUACUCCAGAGGUACUACAUUGCUUCAGCAAGAGAGCUUGCUCGGCUUACCAGUAUUCAAAAAUCACCUAUCAUCAAUCAUUACGAAGAGUCCAUUUCCGGCGCAGCAACAAUCCGUGGGUUUCACCAGGAGAAACGAUUCAUGGAGUCUAAUCUGGACCUCUUGGACUCCUUUGCAAGGGCAUACUUCCACAAGUGUGCUGCACGGGAGUGGCUAGUUUUGCGUAUGGAGUUUCUGUCGUUGCUCGUGUACACGAUCUGUUUGGUGUUUGUGGUCUCUAUUCCUCAGGGGUUAAUCAGUCCAAGCCUAGCCGGAGUGGCAAUCACGUAUGGUUCAGGCCUCAGCAGUGCUUUGGCAAGGCUUGUUUGGAAUGUGUGUCAACUUGAAACAACUGUGGUUUCAAUGGAGCGAAUUCUUCAAUAUUGCAAGCUGCUGAGUGAACCCCCCUUGGUCAUCGACAAUGUUCGACCUGCAAGAGACUGGCCAUCGCAAGGCACCGUUGAGAUAAACAGAUUGCAGGUGCGAUACAACGCGCAUUCGCCACUAGUGUUGCAUGGUGUAAGUUGCACAUUUAAUGGUGGAGAAAGGGUAGGCAUUGUGGGCCGAACCGGUAGCGGAAAGUCCACACUUAUCCAAGCAUUGUUCAGAGCGGUGGAGCCUGUAGGUGGAAGCAUUGUGAUUGAUGAUCUGGACAUCUCAACUAUUGGAUUGCAUGAUCUGCGGUCAAGCCUCAGCAUCAUACCUCAAGACCCGACUCUAUUUGAGGGUAACAUGCGCAUUAAUUUGGAUCCAUUAGGAAAGUAUUCCGAUGCCGAAAUUUGGGAGGCAUUAGACAAAUGUCAGCUCGGGAACAUCAUUCGAGCCAAGGAACAAAAACUUGAAACCUCAGUGAGCGAGAAUGGUGAGAACUGGAGUGUGGGCCAAAGGCAGCUCGUGUGCCUAGGGCGAGCCUUACUGAAGCAAACGCGCAUUCUUGUGCUCGAUGAAGCAACAGCCUCAGUGGACAGCGCCACUGAUGGACUCAUUCAACAAACUUUGAGAUCAGAGUUCAGUGCAUGCACAGUUAUAACUAUUGCGCAUCGUAUUCCAACCAUCAUCGACAGUGACAAGGUUUUGGUGCUUGAUAAUGGUAGAGUUAUGGAGCACGACAGUCCCACAGCACUUCUACUAGACCAGUCCUCUUUCUUCUCAAAGCUGGUAUCAGAAUAUUCAAUCUAGUUUACGGAAAACAAAACUAUCCAAAAUUGAGUAACGAACACGAUUGCGAAAUGAUUCAUUCCCAGUUCAUCAAUCCUUAUCAUAGGUUAAUAUUUCUAGAUUCGAACCCGAAUAAUUCUCUUGUAUCAUUCAGGUGUAGCCACUAUUGUCUACAUGGAUUUUGCAGUCGUUGGGUGACUUAAGAAGAGUUCGUCUGUUUAACGAGCACACCCUGAAUCAGCAACUUGGGACGAUUAACAGCGGCUAUUCAGAGUAGCUUGAGUUACAGUGAUAUCGUGUGUAUAGUGUAUGAAAACCCUGCUUGCUCUGCUAACGAUCAUACCUGGAGGCAUCAAAUGGGGAAGAUACUGUAGUGGAUAGAUUAUUCAGGAUCACACAUGAACUUAGCGAUCGUUUCCAAUUUUUUUACUUGCUUGGGGAGAAAUGUCAAGUUAGUUUGUAUUA